AGAAGGAUGCCCAACAAGUUUGUGAGCGCGUGCAAAGAGGAGCUGGAGGUUCGGAACUGCGGUUUUGCCCAUCUCCCAGCGGAGGAGUUUGUUAAAUCACAGUGGCAAACAAGAACGAAGUCAAUAUGCUUUCUACUCUAUCGGUUGGCAUUGGCCAUCUUCUUCACCGGCGUUGUCAUCAACUCGAUGGUGGUCGCAGUCGAACGCGACGAGUUCAGUAAAUACUUCAUCUACCUAACACACUGGGGCAUUCUGCUGUGCAUGGGAACGACCGUGAUGGGUGCGGUGCUGGUGAUGAUUUGGUACUUCCAUCCGGAAUAUUCAGAGAGAGUUUGCAAUAGCGAUGAAAUGCCCAACUCGUUCAAGGUGUACUGGAUGGUGCACAACAUCACGCUCAUCCUGUCCGUGUGCAUUACCAUCAUCUAUUGGGCGAUUCUGCACAAUGAAACAAUGCCGGUCGAUCCGAACAACAUCCUGAUCCAUGCUUGCAACUGUGUCUUCAUGUUUCUCGACCUUAUUAUCGUGGCAUACCCGGUGCGAAUAUGGCACGUACUGCAGCCGAUCACUUUCGGGCUGGUCUACUGCGUAUUCUCGCUCAUCUACUAUGCGGCCGACGGUACAGAUAGAUUCGGUCGGCCGUACAUUUACAACGUUCUGGACUGGAACGAGCCGGGCAAGGCGAUGGUAACGGUGGUCGGCACCAUCCUGCUAGCCAUGAUCGUCCACAUGCUAAUGUUCGCCAUCUACAAGCUGCGGGUGAAGAUCUAUCUCCGGCACUUCAACCACAAACCGAUCAUCCCAACCAACUCGACGCUGCAGCUGCAGACUGGCAAGUGUAAUGGCAUUUCGAUGGUGUACGGCAACGAUAACAAGGCGUUCAGCAUCGGCGAGCGGUACUGA